AAGCUUCAGGGUUGAUCUACGGACCCUGAAGCUGAAGCUGUUUCUAUUUCUGUUCUACAAUCCAUGCAGUCUUGAGAUGCUGAUACAUCAUCUUCGACAUGGAGCCUUGUUACCACAUCCCUUGAGGAUUAGAAAUGAAAGAGCAAUUUUAUUAUCUGGCUCUUCGUUUUGCACAGAUAUUUUUUUUCAGUUGCACCCUGUAGAUCAUUAAAUCGUGCCACACCUUAUGCCAUGGCCACCUUCGUCACAAAAAGCUCUCGUGUAACAGCUGAUAAUCGCUUGGAGAAAAGGGUUUUGUGUUUUAGUACGGUGAUUUUAAGGGUUAAAUGAAUCAUUUUGUCCACAAAUUCAGACAACACAGCUAGAAAGCUAGCUUCUUUUUUAAACAAUCAUUAAUCAUUCAAAUAAAAAAUUCCAGGAUUUGGAAAGUGUCCAGCUCAGAGCUGAAUGAUGUGUGUGAUCCUCUUUGUUCGUCCAUAUGACAUGACGAGACAAGCGAUGCGCGAAAUCCAAAGGAGAGCGGGAAAGACGGGAGGCGCGCUGUUUACUACUGCUGACGGUCGCUCCUGUCCAUAUCCACCGACGCGAUGUUGACGUAGUUUAGCCCAUCGUGUGCGAGAAGGAGAGCUGGGGCUAUGCAAAGAACAUUCGACUAGAAGAAGAGCUCAGGAGAAAUCAAGUCAGUAUUUGGAUUCUGUGAAACGGACAAGUGAGGAGGAAUGCGCUGAAACGGACACGCAUGCACACACACACACACACACACACACCUACACGCAAGGGAUGAUCUGGACUUGACUGAGCCCCUUCGCUUUUCUCUAAGUACUCUGCUGGUACACAUCAUCAAUGGAGCACGAAGCAGACGAUCAGAAUGCAGUGAUCAGAUCUGAGAUUUAAGAGGCACAGAAUUGCGCAUCUGAGUGAUCCGAGUCGCUCCCUUUGCGCCUUUGUUUGGCACUGACUGCAAAAACUUCCACUAGGAUGGCUUUGGUCAUGGAACCUGUAAGCAAGUGGACAACGAGCCAGGUUGUGGACUGGAUGAAGGGUCUGGAUGAUUGUCUGCAGCAAUACAUUAAGAACUUUGAACAGGAGAAGGUGGGAGGAGAACAGCUGCUGCGCAUCACCCACCAGGAGCUGGAGGAUCUGGGGGUUUCUCGCAUUGGCCACCAGGAGCUCAUCCUGGAGGCUGUGGACCUCCUGUGUGCACUGAACUAUGGUCUGGAGACUGAGAACCUGAAGACUCUGUCCCACAAGCUCAACGCCUCUGCUAAAAACCUGCAGAACUUCAUAACAGGUCGCAGACGCGGAGGUCACUAUGAUGGCCGAGCCACACGCAAGCUCCCAAAUGACUUCCUCACCUCCGUGGUGGAUCUGAUCGCUGCUGCGAAAAGUCUUCUGGCUUGGCUAGACAGGUGUCACGUCUUCCUCAGGUCUCCUUUUGCUGCAGUAGCUGAUUAUUCCCUGACCAGGAACAACGUGAUCCAGCUUUGUCUAGAACUUACCACAAUAGUGCAACAGGACAACACAGUGUAUGAAACAGAGAAUAAAAUACUGCAUGUGUGUAAGAUGCUCUCCGAUGUCUGUGACCAUAUUAUCACCCUCUCCUCAGACCCCAUGGUGUCUCAGGCUGCUCACCUGGAGGUGGUGCAACUGGACAACAUCAAAUCAACGGAGGGGCUGGGCAUGUACAUCAAGUCGACGUAUGAUGGCUUACAUGUCAUCACAGGGACCACAGAAGGGUCUCCAGCAGACCGCUGCAAGAAAAUCCAUGCAGGCGAUGAAGUUAUUCAAGUCAAUCAUCAGACAGUGGUGGGCUGGCAGUUAAAGAACUUAGUGAACUCUUUACGUAGUGACCCCGCUGGAGUGUCCUUAACACUGAAGAAGCGUCCUCAGAGCACUCUCACUUCCACUCCUGCCUUACUGAAGAACAUGAGAUGGAAGCCACUGGCCCUGCAGCCCAUCUUCCCCUCGAGUCCCAGCAGCAGGGCAGCCACACCUACCAGUACCCUCAGCACACCGUCUAAACGAGACAGCUGUGCCCUACAGGACCUCUAUUUCCCCCCACCACCAGAUGAGCCGUACGCACCCAGAGAGGGCACAGCCAGUGACACGUCCCAGCAUGAGGUGGCUAAGCGCUCUGAGUCGCCGAACUCUUUUCUAGACCAGGAAUGCCGGCGGCGCUUUCCUAUGAUGGAUGAGGAUGCGGUUCUCUACUGCUACGAGUAUGACCCAAAUCGGGGGCCUCCUCCUGUGCGCAGGGACGGCACUAUGACAUACGGCAGGCUGAGGCCCAUCUCUAUGCCGGUGGAGUAUAACUGGGUGGGCGACUAUGAAGACCCGGCCAAGAUGAAGAAAGAGCUCAGGAGAGAGAACUCCAUGCUUCGUUAUGUUGGAGAGGAUAAGACUGGUCCCGAGGAGUAUGCGAUAGGACGCAGUAGCAGCAGCAGGCGGAGCAGGAGGAAGAAUGAGAAAGGGAGUAGCCCCGCCCAUUACGCCUUGGUUCCAGCCCUUCAGAUGGAAAUGCUGAGACAGGAGUCAGUAACUACGCCCACCUCAGACACGUCCUCCGUCUAUCAUACAUUUGAUCAGUCUUCAGUGCUGUCGAAGUCGAAGAAGAAGUUGAGAGCUGGCUCACUGUCUUCCAUCAGUAAGCGUCGGAUUUCCUGUAAAGACCUGGGGCAGGGAGAUUGCGCAGGCUGGCUGUGGAAGAAGAAGGAUGCCAAAAGUUACUUUUCUCAAAAGUGGAAGAAGUACUGGGUGGUGCUGAAAGACACCUGCCUGUACUGGUACAUCAACGAGGAGGAUGAGAAGGCUGAAGGCUUUGUCAGUCUCCCUGAGUUCAAAAUUGACCAAGCAAAUGAAUGCCGGAAGAAGUUUGCUUUUAAGGCAUGCCAUCCUAAGAUCAAGAGUUUCUACUUUGCAGCAGAUAAUGUGGAUGACAUGAACAGAUGGCUGAGUCGAUUGAACAUGGCAGCAGCAGCUCACUCAGAGCAGGAGAGGAUUCGACAGGAUCAUGACUACUGGAGUGAGAGUGAUCAUGAGGAUGUUGAGAACUUGUCUUCUAAACAGAACAGCCCUCCACCACCCUACGACACCUACCCUGCCUUACAGGUCAGCCCUUAUCCCGAGCCCAAACACAUUCGGCCUCCAUCCACAGAGACAUUGCAGCCCCGGUCUCCCCAUGAGGACUUCCAGUCUGAGCCCCAGUGUUCCAGUAUGAGUGGCUCCAGCUCUCCCGCACGCAAGUCAUCCAGCCAGCGGCGCUCCUGGCAGGACCUGAUUGAGACUCCACUCACCAGUUCAGGUCUCCAUUUCCUUCAGUCUCUGCCUCUGGAGGACGCUGUAUUCCUGGAGCCCAAUGGAGCUAUGCCUAUAGAACUUCGGCGCCAGGCCACACUGCCACCUCAGAGAUGUCCACUACCCGAGCGCCACACCCCACUGACACCCAGCCAACUACCUUCCACAGCCCGGAUAGGAAGAGAAGUAAAACACCGCAGCUUUACGCUGCCACGUGACAGCGGCCUGCAUGCCAUCUUGGCAGCAACAGCAGGAGCACCUGAACACAGAGAUAUCCAGCAGCACCAGCUGGGCCAGGCGUACACCAGAGAUGCAGGUAUGGAGCGGGAACGUAGGCACCAGACUGAUUCGCUGUGUGACCUAUAUCGAGCUCUAGAGAGGGCCAGUCUGUCCCCUGUGAAUGAGCAGAUGCCUCCCACUCGCCUGGAGUACAAGCGCUCAUUUGUCCGCCGUGGUAACGACCCCUUGCUUAAUGAAAAGCUGCACCGCCUGCGCAUCCUUCAGAACACAUUCAAGGAUGUCCCGCUAAAAGAGGCUGAGACGAAGAUCAUUCAUCGGGAUGUGUAAGGAAGACCGGUGGCAAUCAGGAGUCUAGAAAACAUCGGUCUUCACAUCUGUACAUAAAGAUUGUAUAUUGUAAUGUGAGGGGAGCGUUAUCUCUGCUCCAGUUCUGUUCUCUUCAUCUCUGCUUCCUUGUGGAGGUUGAUUUACAUGUACAAUGCCAGUCAAGGAUUUUUGAAGAAAAAAUAUGAAACAUGUUUUCCAGUAAAGACCUCAGUAGAGAGAAAGAUUAUUAUACAGUUCAGAAUUUACAGGGUUGUGUGUGUUUCCACUCCCCAAAAUGUGAUGGUAGGUGGAUUAGCUACUCUAUGGGGUGCACGCAAAUGUUUGUGUGUUAUGCUGUGUGGUGGUCUGGCAUCCCUAGACCUGUGGUUCCCAACCUUUUUUAACAUGCAAAAACUUUGCAGACCCACCACUUUGCCAAAUAUCUGGGUUUGUCAACCGUCUGUGGGUGUUUGGUGCUCCGAUACCUCCUCAGUUUGCAGGGCUUCAUGCUUUCACUGGCUAGUCUCUCACCACAGAUUGCACACUCAAUUCUCACCUUCUCCAUUGCUCCAAUAAAAAACAAAUUCAAGAUAACGCUCCAAAUAAAUCCUUGUUUAAGCUGCGUCUGUCUAUUCCCACUCUCGCCAUACACAGCGUAAAAUUCUUGAUGUUAAGGAAAUUACUUCUCAUAUAUUAACCAUUAUUAAAACAUUAUUAAAAAUUGAAUUAUUUAUCAUGCUAAAAAAAUAAAAAAUCUUGUAACCCUCAAAUGAGAAUGAGCUCGGUGAGCCCCCAUAAAUCUUUAUGGACCACCAGGUUGGGAACAACUUCCCUAGACAAUAAGCAUGUUAAAGUUAUUCCUAUUAAUGUUAAUAUUUUCAUUCAUUCCUCUUCAGUAACUACUUUAAUGGUUGUGGUUGUGGUGGAUCUGGAGCCUCUCCCUGGAACUACAUAUGGGUUGUCAGUUCAUCACAAGGAUGGGUUGCCAGUCCAUCACAUUAACCCAAGCUUGAGGUUAAAGCAGGGACCCUGGAGCUGUGAGUUAGCAAUGCAUCCUGCAGUGCGACCGAAAAUGGCUGCUCAAAAACCUUUCACUGGCAUUGUACUUAUUAGAUCUUUAUUUGAUCUUUAUUACUAUCCUCUGAGUUCAUUUUACUUGCCAUAUUUUUGCCAUGUCUUCCUCCUUUCUUCUUGGUUUGUUUCCAUAUUUGCACAAUGUUAAUAUGUGGAUAUGAAGGCAUUAUUUUGUAUAUGGGUAUAUUGCUAAAUUAUGGUCUGUUGAAACCUUUUGAAGUUUUAUGUGUUGUUUAACACGUACUGGCCUUUGAGAAACCAAAUGACUGCACUUCCUUCGAGCAUCGCUCCUCUACACUGACUGAACAGGAAACACAGAACCGCUGGUAUAGAUGUUCCUCAACUACUGAUUGUGUUAUUUUAAUUUGCAUGGCAACAGUCAAACUUAUGAGUUUUGUGUGUGUGUGUGUGUGCGUGUGUGUGUGUGCGUGCGUGCGUGUGUGUGAUUGGCUUUAAGUUCUUAAUUGGAAAUUGCAGUUUCUUUAACUUUUCUAGCUGUACAACAGUGUAUGUCAAUAGGUAUAACAUAUGGAAUGACUAUGUGUAAUUAUUGUUGUAAAACAAAGAGAGAAAGAUGGUUGUAAUAUCUAACAUGUCAUCCUUGUCCAGGCUUCCAUCUGGCUGUCUUCUAUGUGGCUUAUGACCUUUGACCCUGGAAUCAAUCCAUAGUACAGUGUUAAACAUUUAAGGCUUCAGUGUUAAAUACACAACAAUGCUAAACUAAAAUGGUUAACCAGUGAAACGCUGUCUAUUUUUGUAAGCAUGAUAUUUAUCCACCGGUUUGUACGUGGUUUUAUAUUUUGAGCUGUGUUUUAAUUGAAGAUAACUGAUGGUGUCGAUCCCUUUGGCAGGAUGAAACCUAUAAGCAAUUAUCCUGUUGUACUGUAUCUCUGAGAUGAAAAUAAUUUUAACAAUA